CAAGAAUUGGCUUUUCAGAGUGAGACUGAGGGGACGCAGAGACUCAGAGGUCCAGGUGAAGGGCUGAGAGGAAGGAGACGGAGCGCGUGCCGAGGAGACACCCCUGAUUCAAGGCUGUGGAGCCACCUGAGACGGCUGCACCCAGGGCAGGACAUGCACUAGAAACUUCUCAGGUGGGAAGAGCCAGAAUGGAACAUUUCCACAAGAACCAGAAGUUAUGGCUAAGGACUGAGGUUUCCUCAGAGAACACGCCCAAAGGAGAUGCAUGGAACAAACUUGGCAGGCAGAGGCCACUUGGGAGCCCCGAGUUGACUAUCUGGAGCUACAGCCUCAGGGAAGGAUGUGACUGGUAAAGUCCCUUACACCCCUAACCCACGGGGGCAUCCAGAGAGCUCCCAAGGCCUCCUGGGAGCCAGGCACAAAGAGGCAGGGGAAUGUCAUGAAUGACCCAGCACGUGCCUGGUUGUGCAAGAGCCACCUCUUGCCCCUCCCAGAGCCAAGCCUGGGGCCUAUAAAAGACGUCCUGGCUCCAGUAUCUCAUCCGCUCUGACUCCUCUGUGCUCCUGCCUGUGACCAGGGUUGACUGAACGCCUGCUGAGAUGUCCUGCCAGCAGAACCAGCAGCAGUGCCAGCCUCCUCCCAAGUGCCUCCCAAAGUGCCCCACCCCUAAAUGUUCUCCCAAGUGUCCCCCCAAGUGCCCCCCUCAGUGUCCAGCCCCGUGUCCCCCUCCAGUCUCCUCCUGCUGUGGCCCCAGCUCUGGGGGCUGCUGCAGCUCUGGGGGAGGGGGCUGCUGCCUAAGCCACCACAGGCCCCGUCUCUUCCACCGGCGGCGGCACCAGAGCCCUGACUGCUGUGAGGGUGAGCCCUCGGGGGGCUCCGGCUGCUGCGGCGGCUCUGGGGGCUGCUGCUGACCUGCCCAUGCAGAAGCUAUUGGUGGAAAUGAAUGAUCAAGAAGCCUGAUGCUUCCCUCUGUCCACUUCCUCUUGCCCAAUCCUUGGGUUGACAGGGACCACGAAGACUCAUAGAGAUUCCUGGGAAGAACCAUGUCUUUGAUCAGGCAGCCCAAAUGCUCAGCCUGGAUAUGAGUUUUCUUUCCUCCUUCCUUCAUGUUAUAAUAAAGCUCUCCUUCCUACCC